AUGUUGGCUUUCGCCGCCAGGACCAUGGUGAAGCCCCUAGGCUUCCUCAAGCCCACCUCCCUGACGAAGUUUUCGGGACGCUUCAAGGCACACCAGGAUGCACUGCCCCGACUGCCUGUGCCCUCACUGCAGCAGUCCCUGGACCACUACCUCAAGGCACUGCAGCCCAUCGUGAGCGAGGAGGAAUGGACUCAAACUAAGGAGCUAGUGGAUGAAUUUCGGACCCCAGGGGGUGUUGGAGACCGGCUUCAGAAGGGGCUGGAGCGCCGAGCCAGAAAGACAGAGAACUGGCUCUCUGAGUGGUGGCUCAAGACAGCCUACCUCCAGUACCGCCAGCCUGUGGUCAUCUACUCAAGCCCUGGCCUGGUGUUGCCCAAGCAGGACUUUGUGGAUCUACAAGGUCAGCUCCGGUUUGCUGCUAAACUCAUUGAAGGCGUGUUGGACUUCAAGGUCAUGAUUGACAAUGAGACCCUGCCAGUGGAGUACCUGGGAGGAAAGCCACUGUGCAUGAACCAGUACUAUCAGAUCCUGUCCUCUUGCCGCGUACCAGGCCCCAAGCAAGACUCAGUCAUCAACUUUAGCAAGACCAAGAAGCCGCCCACACACAUCACCAUAGUGCACAACAAUCAGUUUUUUGAGCUGGAUGUAUAUCACAGCGAUGGGACACCCCUCACCUCAGAUCAGAUCUUCAUACAACUGGAGAAAAUCUGGAACUCGUCACUACAGACCAACAAGGAACCCGUGGGCAUCCUAACGUCCAACCACCGCAACUCCUGGGCCAAGGCCUACAACACACUCAUCAAAGACAAAGUGAAUCGGGAGUCAGUGCGUUCCAUCCAGAAGAGCAUCUUCACUGUGUGCCUGGACGCGCCCAUGCCCCGGGUCUCAGAAGAUGUGUAUCGCAACCAUGUGGCCAGCCAGAUGCUGCAUGGUGGUGGCAGCAAACUCAACAGCGGCAACCGCUGGUUUGACAAGACGUUGCAGUUCAUCGUGGCAGAAGAUGGCUCCUGUGGGCUCGUGUACGAGCACGCAGCAGCAGAAGGGCCCCCCAUCGUCAGUCUCCUGGACCAUGUCAUUGAGUACACCAAAAAGCCUGAGUUUGUGAGGUCUCCCAUGGUGCCCUUGCCCAUGCCCAAGAAGCUGCGGUUCAACAUCACCCCAGAGAUCAAAAGCGACAUCGAAAAGGCCAAGCAGAACCUUAGCAUCAUGAUUCAGGACCUGGACAUCAUGAUGAUAGUGUUUCACCACUUUGGAAAGGACUUCCCUAAGUCACAGAAGAUGAGCCCAGAUGCCUUCAUCCAGAUGGCCCUGCAGCUAGCCUACUACAGGAUCUACGGACAUGUGUGUGCCACAUACGAAAGUGCCUCCCUGCGCAUGUUCCACCUGGGCCGCACUGACACCAUCCGCUCAGCCUCUGUGGACUCCCUCGCCUUCGUCAAGGCCAUGGACGACUCCAAUGUGAUGGAUCAGCAGAAGGCAGAGCUGCUGCGGAAAGCGGUGCAGGCUCAUCGAACCUAUACAGACCUGGCCAUCCGUGGGGAGGCCUUUGACCGGCACCUGCUGGGCCUAAAGCUGCAGGCCAUCGAGGACCUAGUGAGCAUGCCUGACAUCUUCAUGGACACCUCUUAUGCCAUAGCCAUGCACUUCAACCUCUCCACCAGUCAGGUCCCUGCCAAGACAGACUGUGUCAUGCUCUUUGGGCCCGUUGUCCCAGAUGGCUACGGAGUCUGCUAUAACCCCAUGGAAGCCCACAUCAACUUCUCCGUGUCAGCCUACAACAGCUGCGCCGAGACCAACGCAGCCCGUAUGGCGCACUACCUGGAGAAGGCCCUUCUGGACAUGCGGGCCCUGAUCCAGGGCCACCCCCGGGCCAAGCUCUAAACCUAUGCACACAGGCCUGCCA